GAUCAUUGUCUUCGAUGACUUCAACGGACGCUCAACCUUCGCUUCAAUCUCUUACAAUGGCUCAGCAACAGACCCCCGAUUCUCCUGACAAAACCCUAACCCUAACCCUACCAAAUCCGUCUCUAGAACAAGCGACAAACGGACAUGACUUCCCGCCUUCUCCACCAUCUGAUCACCAUAUCACUCUUUCAACGCUUUCAGUCUCUCGUCUUGCCUGCGUCUCUAAACGUAAGAAGGGGAAUCAGAAACGACGAGCCGCUCAGGAGAAAAGAUCCUUGGAGAAACUCAAGGUACUUGUCGAAAUUCUAAGACCUAUUCCCUUUCUACCUGUCAAAACCCUAGAUUUUGCAAGCCAUGAGAAGCUUCUCAAGCGAAUUGGCCUUUGGGAUUUCAUCAAUUUGGAUUUCGAUCGGAGUAUUCGUGGUGACCUCCUCGCGCAACUCAUCGCUACUUUUAAUCCUGGCACGCGAGCUAGCUACGUUAAUGGUGUUAGGAUAGGAGUGAACCGGGCCGACUUGGCUAGAGCAUUGAAGUUGCCUGUCAAGAAGGAUCGAGUUAGCGUUUCUGAUAAUUUCCAGGAAUUAGAAGAAUCGGAGGAGUCGAUCGCCUUCCUCGAAGAAUUUGUCUCCAUAUGGGUCUUAUUACAUGAAGAUACUUGGAUAAUGCCCAAAGAGGUAUUGAAUUGGACGAAAGUUAUAAAGGAAGGUCAUUUCGAGAAGGUGGACUGGGCGGGAUUGUUUUGGUUCAUGAUAGAGAAGGAGUUGAUGGCUGCGCCCAAGUUGGGUAACUGUUACUACGCCUCCCACUUACAAUGUUUGAUCAAAUCCCAGAGAGAGGAGAUGUUGAGAGAGGGACCAACAGUAGAAGACGAUGUCAAGGAGGUUGAAGAGGAGGAUCGAGAAGUGAAGGAGUUAGAAGAAGAAGACGGAAGUAGUCGGGAUGUGAAGGAGGUGGAAGAGGACAAUGGAGGUAGCCAGGAUAUGAAGGAGGUUGAAGAAGAGGAUGGCAGUAGCCAGGAUGUGAAGAUGGUUGGGGAGGCUGAUGAUUUUUGCAGAGGAAAGGAGUUGGAGGAACAUACAAUUGAGUUGAGUCUUGGGCAAGAAAAUGUAGCCAAAGCGGAUGCUGAGAAGGAGCGUGCUGCCAUUCAGGAUAUUGAGGAAAACAAGGAAGCUGAGAAGGAGCGCCUUGUCAUUCAGGAUGUUAUGGAUAUUGAGGAAAACAAGGAAGACCAGGGGAGAUGGCUUCUGGAUGGGAAGAGCAAUGCGAGGGAACAUUUUCUUCAAUCAUGUAAUCUUGGUGAUGUUGGAGGUAUGGAGUGUGAUGAUGAAAGGAAGCAAGAAGAGGAAGCAGAAGCAGGAGAAGCAGAGGAAGAAGGGAAUGAAGACGUCGAGGAAGAGGAGGAUGAGGAGGAGGAGGAAGAGCAGGAAGGAGGUUUCCAUCUUUCACCAAAUGAUAAUGCUUUGGAGGCUGUUGCAUCGGAAAAUCUUAUUGCUGCAAUGGAAGCAGCACAAAUCCCUUUCAGUUCUGGGGUGCAAAUUCGUGAUAACUUGUCAGGCGAGUUUCUUGCAUCUAGGGCUGAUGGUCACACAGUUCCUGGUGGUUCAUCGCUAUUCGGUAAUGGUGACAAGAGGGAGAUCGAUCACGGAAAUGAUAAUUUGCGACACUCCAUUAAUGCUUCCAAUAAGAGGUUGAGAAUCGAUGGGCCAUGGGAUGACAAGUCCUCAGAUUUUGAUGCAUGUAUGGAGCAAAUCCAGCAUUUGGUGGGAAAAGCUAGGAUUUUGUAUGCAGCAAAAGAGCAGGCUUGUGGGAAUUCGAGCGUAAACGAACAGAUAUUGCUUACAGAGUUGCAGCAGAGGGAUAAUAUGAUAGACCACUUGCAUAAGGCCAAGUUGGAGGAGCAACAGAAGCGACAUGUGGAGGUUUAUAGGCUUGAGCAUGAACUCCAUAUGAUGACAAACCUUUUAGAGGGAUAUAGAAGGGCUUUGAAGGAAACCCAGAAAGCAUUUGCAGAAUACAGAGCACGCAAUCAGCAGCGUGAUGAGCCUCUAUAUAGGGAUCUUGAAGGGUCUGGGGGUUUAGUUUUGAGCAUUACAGAAAUUGAAAAGCAACGUUUGAAACAAGAAGAAGAGGAAAGGAUGAAACAGAUGUUAAUAGAGAAAAAUAUUAAAGACUUUGAAGUAGGAUGGAUCACAAAAUUUGAAGCACUUAAUGAUAAUGUCCAUAUGCUGCAGGAUAAAUAUCUUAAUGUGGAAAGUAAUAUGAAGCUCCUAAAGAAAUUUUUUGCAAACCGUAAGAUUUCUGGUAUGCCAGAAUUUGCUGGACAAAGUGAAGGAUAACUGCUCAUGAGGUACUUGCUUGUGACUAUAGAAAUCUCAGUACUCAACAAGGUCAGUUCGUAUGUUAAAGAAAAUGGCUUUGCUGCUUAAUCUUAAUAGUGUCUUUUAGUUUGAUUAUUCUGAUUUAGUGCAUGUGGAUAUCUUUAACCAGUGCCGGAGAAUCAUGACUAUUUUUCUUGGUGCUCAUUGAGUUUUGCUAAACUGCUAGAUACUAAUCUUACUUGUAUCUACCAUGGGAUUUUAUGCUCUUCACUGUUAACAUGUGGAGUAUAGUGGGUUGGUGCACAUGUUAAGUUUGUGAUAUUUAAAGAGUUUCAUUUAUAAUAUGGAGCCUUUGACUCUUUUAGUUUUCAAUAUUUGGCAGAACAAAGCAGAAGUGAAUGGCUUUGGUUUGUUAUAGACCGAAAGUAAGUUUGUGCUUUUCAAAGUGUUCAGCCAUGUAAAUUUGCACUCAAUCAUUAGGUAUUGGGAAUGAUUCUUAAAAUAGCAUGAAUAUAUGGGAACCUGUACAGUCUUGAAAUUUUGAGAACUUUCUUGAAUUAAAUCCAGAGGAAAUGAAUUCUUCAUCUAUAUUAUUAGUUCAUUUCUUUUGAUUGCUACAGUAACUGGAAGAGUAAGUUCAUCGAGUAAUAUCUAGUUGUCGCCUUUCUUAUUUGAUUCCAAGUAUAGAUGGGAGUUUCAUUCUGCUGGAUCUGAGUAGUGGUUUGGUUCAAGAUAGAUGUGCAGAUUGGGAUGGGAUCAACAACCAGGCAAUGACCUGUGUUGCAACAGGGGAGUGAGUGAGUUCGGGCUAUCCUGCAGCAUGUCUAUGUUUAUGGAAUUGAUUUUGAAAAUCUAUACUCAAUUCAUUUAAGAGAUUUUAGUUUUAUCAAUUUUGAUAAUUUUGAUAAUUUUAAGUUAGUUGUUAACUCAUUUUGGUUGAACUGUUGAAAGGAUGAACAGGGCAUGAGAGGUAAAGAAAAUGAGACUUUCUCGGUUAUAUCCCGGAUUAGUUGAGAAUUGAAAAUUCAUCUACAGAGAUGGAGCAUGUUCUGUCCUUGAUCAAUCUGUGUGUAUGUAUAUAUAUAUAUAAUUUUUUUUAAUGGAACAGAAUUUGCAGUCCUAACAUUCUGGGAAGACCGAGAACCAAACCAUACUUAGUCUGGUCCGGAUCAGAUUGUGUGCACCCGUAUUUGCUAUACUGAAUUUUUUGUUCUGAAUUAUUACUUUGGGCGUGAAUUACAGUUUUAAAAACAUGUUACCUACACAUAUGAUCUAUUCAUAUUGGAAAACACUGCACAUAAGAUCAUCCAAAUUAACGAGCAGAGUAUGCAUUGUGCCAUAAACUAACCAGGCAAUGCUUUUGUUUGUUGCCGCGGUCUGGGAACUCUAAAGUUUCUCAGGAGAAGCAGAAAA